AUGGCGACGGAAUUGACUGUUCAGUCUGAGCGUGCUUUCCAGAAGCAGCCUCACAUCUUCCAGAACUCCAAGGUCAAGGCCAAGUCUGCCAGACCUGGCAAGGCCGGCCGCCGCUGGUACAAGGAUGUCGGUCUAGGCUUCAGGACCCCCAAGACUGCCAUUGAGGGCAGCUACAUCGACAAGAAGUGCCCCUUCACUGGUCUCGUCUCCAUCCGUGGCCGUAUCCUGACUGGCACCGUCGUUUCCACCAAGAUGCACCGUACCGUCAUCAUCCGCCGCGAGUACCUCCACUUCAUCCCUAAGUACGCCCGUUACGAGAAGAGGCACAAGAACCUCGCCGCUCACGUCUCCCCCGCUUUCCGUGUUGAGGAGGGUGACCAGGUUACCGUUGGACAGUGCAGACCUCUGAGCAAGACUGUGCGAUUCAACGUCCUUCGUGUGCUUCCCCGAACUGGCAAGGCGGUCAAGUCUUUCAGCAAGUUCUAA